GGUAGCAGUCGCAGAGCGCGCCCGUGCCCAGCAAGUUCCGCGAACGAACAUUGUCUUAAUUUGAAAGAAAAUGCGCUUCUCCCGUGACGCGUGAUUCGGAGGCCGCGGCGCGGGAGUUUGACACAUGUUGCAGAGGGGAAUAAGGUUCAAUUCUGCAAGGCACAACCCUGGCUAGUCCGGUGCAAAGAGCCGCUUUCCACGCCGAAAUGACUGGGUAUAUGUUUGGCAUGUGACAGGGAGUAAGGGAGCGCGGCAUGCGGGGCGAGCGCUCCAAGUGGGUGGCGGCCUCGCUGGCCUCACUCGCGGUGGUCCUGGCGCUCGGCCUGGCACCGCUAGGCUCGGCCGAACUCAAUGGAGGGGUUACGGAUCCAUCGAAACCUGGCCGCGUCGGCGACUGGUGCUCACUGACGGCCGACUGCAACUUUCCUGAUGCCGUUUGCGACGAGAGCCAGAAGGUUUGCACGUGCCACCCUGACGUGCCCAUCAGCAACCAUUUCGAUAAAUGUGGAAAACCGGCAAGCAUCAAUGAAUCCUGCUUGUUUAAUGAGCAGUGCGAAGACGUUGACUUCAAGACCGAGUGCAAGAAUGAACGUUGCGCUUGCAAGUUCGAGAUGGUACCGCUGGUCACCGUCGACGGAGCUGUUAUAUGUACUCCCGUAAAACCAGUCGAUGAGUCUACCAGGACCGUUGAUCCCGCGAUGAUUGGAGUCCUCGUCGGCAUGGCGCUGAUGUUCGUCAUCAUUUGCGUUGUUCUUCGGCUUUUCAGCAGGGCAAGAUGGCGUGAAAACAGGACGAUCUUCAACACUCCAAAUCCGCGUCUGAUGAAUGUUUCUUUGCUCAGAGAAUCUAAGCUGUUGCACUCUCAGGACCGUCGUGGUUCUAGAGUGAGCAUGCGCCCACCUUCUCGACAGGCGAGCCAGCAGGAGUUAAGACCCCACUCGCCGAGUCCAGGUACACAGGCAAAAGCUCUCAUCGUGGUUCAAGAGCAAGUAGCGGGCAUUCAGCCACGUCAUUGCGUUCAGCAACUCUGAGGUCUCCAACGACUCCUGGACCGGCCUCGGUUACAGUCCAAAUACGAGCUCCAGAUACGUAAACGUUGCUAUGAAGAUGAAACUUAAACCAUAGAAGAUAGAACAACAUAGAAACGACAUCCAAAUAACUAUCACAGUAUUUCAGUCCAACAUUCUUUUUAUUUAUUACAUUAAUAUCGUUCAAUGUUUUGUAUUAAAUUAAGGCUUGAAUUUGUCUUUGUAGUGAAUAUAAACUUAUGCACCGUAUGUUAUUGAAUUAUAUUGCCACUAUAAAAAGUGCCUCUAAUAUUAAUGAAAACGUUCAGAUUACCUACACGAAAUAUGAAAAUUAGUUUACUAAAGAUAGAACUUAUUUAUUCACGAUUCACAGUUCUAUAUUAUUAUAUGUCACUCUUAGAAUACGAAGCACUAUUAAAAAAAAAUAGUAUAAAGACUAGGUUGAUAAGUUUAGCUUUUUAGCAUUAGAAGGAGAGCUUUUCGGCAUUUUUUUUGUAGUUCAUUAGUUUUUCAAAUGGUCGAUUAUUAAUGAUUAAGUCUAAGCUACAAAUUAGAUUUCAUUCUAUAUCUAAAUUAAACGAAUGCUAGAUUUUGUGAUUUCCUGCCUUAGAAAUAUUUAUAGCGAAUACUAAGCUAUGUUAGAUCUAUGAUAAAAUAUUAGGGACCAUCUCCCUGGGUUCGAAAAAAAAAAAAAACGGAGAUUUUUAUGUAAUGCGGAGAAUGGGUUCUACGCCGCUUUCUAAUAUAAGACUUUCUGAAUUUAGCUUUAAUUUUAAGAGCAAAAAGCUUAUUUUGAGCGUUUCAAUACGAGAGAGGAGCUAUUAGCAAACGUCGCUAUGGAGCUCGUCUACUAUUAGAUGUUUCUUAUUAAAAAAUUUAAUGUGUAAAAUGGGGAAGUUUACACAUUUUUUGAUACUGUAAGUUAAUAAUUAUGCACUAAGUCGCUUCUUCGACGAUGUAUUUGCGAAACGCACAAA